AGAAGUACUAGUGUUAUAGUAAUCUGGUACUUAAGAAGCUCACAACUUGAGUUUAAUGCCCCACGCUAACAGAGAUGGACCCAACACUGCUCUGUCUAAUGUUCUUUGUUGUGGUCCAUCACAGUUCUGUUUGUGCCAAACCACAUCCUAGCAAUGGAUUACAGGAAUGCCGCAAGAACCUCAGCCUUCUGGCUCUGGAGGUCUUACCUGGUGGGGGCUGGGACAAUCUUCGGAACAAGGAUAUGGGUCGAGUCAUGAAUUUCAGUUACUCCCAGUGCCAGACCACCGAAGAUGGUGUAUAUCUUAUUCCAGACGAGGUGUUUGUCAUCCCGCAGAGGACAACAGCUGUGGAGAGAAGCUCAGAGGUUUUUGAACACUGGCUAAAUCACACCAGCUCAACCUCACAGACCAUCAAUGCUGAUGCUUCUUUCUUGCCGGUGCUCAGUGGAAAAUUCUCCUCUGACAGUCAACAAACCAAAACCUAUCAAGUGCGGGACAAUUCUGUCACAUCUCGUGUGCAGGUGAGAAACCAUAUAUACACAGUGGACAACUAUCCUGACUUCACCCUGGACUCACGCUUUAUAGAGCAAGUGAAAGAAAUAGCAGACGCACUGUUAAAGAACAACACUCGACGUGCAACAUUCCUCUCGGAGAUGAUGGUGGUUGAUUAUGGCACCCAUGUGAUCACCUCAGUGGAUGCAGGCGCUAUUCUGGAGCAGGAAGAUCAUGUUGAGUCCACUUAUUAUCAAACAAGUGAAAAAUCUCUAUUCUCUAGUACGGCUGGCUUAAACUUUUUCAAAAUCAUUAAGUUUGACAUGGACACCAAAGAGAGUCAAGAGACAACUCAGACUUUGGAAUACAAGACCCACGUCACCCACUCACUCACACAAAGCCACGGGGGGCCCGUAUUCUACCCAGGGAUCACUUUGAAGACCUGGCAAGAGAGCACGCUAAACAAUCUUGUUGCCAUAGACCGAUCAGGCCUUCCUCUGCACUACAUUCUGAACAGAGCAACUCUGCCAGACCUUCCAGACACCAUCAUAGAGAGUGUGGCCCAGUCUGUGCGCAACGCCACACAGCUCUACUACGAUGUUAAUACACGACCAGGAUGUGUAGACAGCAGUUCGGCAAAUUUCAAUUUUCAAGCUAAUGUCGAUGACAACUCUUGUUUAGGGCCGGCGACUAACUUAAGCUUUGGUGGUAUUUAUCAAACAUGCACCCCCCUCACUGGUGGAGAUGCAGCUCAGCUUUGUGUAGGGCAAGAGCAGAUGAAUCCUGACACUGGGGCCUACUCAUGCCGUGAGCCUUAUUUCUCCACACUUUUACAGUCUGUUGUGAUUGAGGAGCAUUACAGUUACACUGAGUGUCAUGACGAUUGCGAAUCCUUCUGUUUAUUUGACUGUUGCGAUAGAGUUUGUAACACUUGGGCUUUAGUUAGGAAAGUAGAGGUCAAGACCUACUGGUGUGCCACAGAUAAGUUUACAAAACCUCGCUCAGGGUACCUCUUUGGUGGUCUGUACAGUCCAUAUGUCGAGAAUCCAUUAACCAGGUCGAAGAGUUGUCCACUUUAUUUUUUCCCACUGACUUUUCUGUCCAAUGAUUUUAAGAUUUGUCUGAGUAACGAUUAUGAACAGGCUUCUUCACUGUCUGUGCCUUUUGGAGGGUUUUUCAGCUGCAGGGCUGGAAACCCCUUGGCUUGGUUUGAACAUCGCUGCCCACCACAGUUCAGCCAACACCUCGCCACGAUAGACGACGGGUGCCAAAUUCUGUACUGUGUGAAGUCUGGAGCAUUUACAGGUGGGCAGCUGAAACCCAUCAACUUGCCUCCGUUCACUCACCCAGAAUUGAUCAGAAAGGUUGACAACAAGACAAUGAUUAUGGUAACUGAGGGAGAUCAGGUGUGGCUUCGAAGAGGAGAUUCAAAUUCAUGGAAACGUGCCGAGACUGGGGAAGUAGCUAAAUAUGUGAGACAGCUCCACACUUCAGCAGGGGGGCAGAUUGCUGCAGGAUUUCUUGUCACGUUUUCAAUCAUCUUAGCUAUUGGAGUAGCGUACGUAGUAAAGAGGAAAUUCGGAAGCCUGUCUCGUAGGGAGGGCUAUGGGACUCUUCUCGACACUGGGGUGUAGAAAGAAGAAAGAGAACUGACCAUACAGUAGCUUUAAAAGCCAUUGUUUUAGGCCCCAGCCGUGGCACGACUGGCUGGGGCACCUGCUCCGCACGCCAGCGACCCGGAUUCGAUUUCCGCCCUGUGGUCCUUUCCGGAUCCCACCCCAGUUCUCUCUCCCACUCACUUCCUGGCUCUCUUUCUACUAUCCUAUCCGAUUAAAGGCAGAAAAGCUUAAAUAAAAAAAAUUAAAAAACAUAUAAGAAAAUACAUUGUCUUAGAUUGUGCAAAAGAGAAAUAGCUUUGACUCAAGAUUAUACUGCUGUAUAAUGAAUUCUUACUUCUUACAGGGUAUAAGUACAGUGGGGUCGUAUGUUCAUAAUUAUGUUUUAUUUUAAGACAUUGUUUUAGAUAUAUGCAUAAGGGAAUAGCCUUGAUUCAUUCACCUUGUGAAAACAUUGUAAUUACACUGUAUUAUUGGAACACCAAAUUAAUAAAAAAUGUUGCCAAAUCCACCAAUUUUCACCAAUGAUGAAGCCUACUUACUGUAGGAGAUAUCGCAGGCAUGAUAUAUUUCACUGUCUGCGCUUGUGGCACGUGUCAUGGAAGUAGGGUGAAAGUCGGCAGCCGCUGUUUUAAAUGCAGAGUGGAUUUCCUCACAGAAACAUUGCACAAAUUAAAGCACACGUCUCCACUGAGGAGAGCCUACAAUGAGUCUCCAGAAGCUGGUUGCACUGUUAGCACGCCACACUGUGGCUGCUCUGAGUGAGUGAUGGGCCAGUAAGGGGGGGAGACCCAAGUGUUGCACUUUCCCCGCCGUCAUCUCAUCUGGAAAUGCACUGAGAGGAGCAUCCCCAAGUGAUGCGCACCAGAGAGGAGAGCCCGGCAGCACAUCUGAUUCAUCCUCUGAGGGCAUCCCAGUGAGGUGAACAGGGAGUCAUCCUCUGAGGGCAUCCCAGUGAGGUGAACAGGGAGUCAUCCUCUGAGGGCAUCCCAGUGAGGAGAACAGGGAGUCAUCCUCUGAGGGCAUCCCAGUGAGGAGAACAGGGAGUCAUCCUCUGAGGGCAUCCCAGUGAGGAGAACAGGGAGUCAUCCUCUGAGGGCAUCCCAGUGAGGAGAACAGGGAGUCAUCCUCUGAGGGCAUCCCAGUGAGGAGAACAGGGAGUCAUCCUCUGUGAGUCAUCCCAGUGAGGUGAACAGUGAAUCAUGUGAGGUGAACAGGGAGUCAUCCAAUUCAUCCUCCGAGUUGCUGGAUGGAAAGAAAGUAUCUACGCCUCUACCCACACUUCCUGUUUACCUCCCACGUGAGGCUGGAAAAUAGUUUCUGUCUUUCUGUUUGGGACACUUUGCACUCCAUCGCAUUUCUUGUAAAAGGUUAAUUUAUGAUUAACUGAUUUUUACACUCAUUUGCCCUGUACCCUCUCCUCUUAACUGAGGUGAAGCUGUCUUGUGAUGUUAACAUAAACUGUGUGAGAC